CGUCUAACAGGAAGUAAGGACAUGUCAAAAGCAGAGAGGAUCAACUUCAGUAAGUGAGCCGACAGAUAAAUAUCUGUUCUCUCCACACACACUUUCCCACAUCCUCCGGACAGGCUUCACCCAGAGACUUUACCGGAAACGACAGUUUACACUCACAGUGCAGAGGAUGGCGGAGAAGGUGCUGGUCACAGGUGGGGCGGGCUUCAUCGGGAGUCACUGUGUGGUGGAGCUCAUCGAAGCAGGCUUCCAGCCGGUCGUGGUGGAUAACUUCAGUAACGCUGUGAGAGGAGAGGGGGACGUGCCAGAGAGCAUUCUCAGGAUACAGAAGCUCCUGGGCACCAGCAUUGAGUUUCAUGAACUAGACCUUCUGGAUCGACCAGGCCUGGAAAAACUCUUCAAAGAGCAUGCUUUCAGUGCUGUGAUGCACUUUGCUGGUCUGAAGGCCGUCGGGGAGUCAGUGGAGCAGCCGUUACGCUACUACAGAGUCAACCUCAGCGCCUCCAUGAACCUGAUUGAGGUGAUGCAGGCUCACAGGGUGCGCAAUCUGGUUUUCAGCAGCUCAGCCACGGUGUACGGAGACCCCCAGCACCUGCCCAUCGACGAGGAGCAUCCCGUGGGUGGCUGCACCAACCCCUACGGCAAGACCAAGUAUUUCAUCGAAGAGAUGAUCAAGGACCACUGUGAGGCAGAGAAGGACUGGAACGCAGUGCUGCUGCGUUAUUUCAACCCAAUUGGAGCUCAUCCCUCGGGCGUGAUAGGAGAGGACCCUCAGGGUAUCCCCAACAACCUGAUGCCAUAUGUCGCUCAGGUCGCCAUUGGGAGAAGACAGUUCCUCAGUGUAUUUGGGAAUGACUAUGACACGCUCGAUGGGACAGGUGUGAGGGAUUAUAUUCAUGUGGUAGACCUGGCGAAGGGACACAUAACAGCCCUGAAGAAGCUGAGGGAGGACUGCGGAUGCAAGGUUUACAACCUCGGAACAGGAAGGGGCUACUCCGUGCUCCAGAUGGUAAACGCCAUGGAGAAGGCAUCGGGCAGAAAGAUCCCAUACAAGAUCGCCCCUCGUAGGGGAGGCGACAUCGCAUCCUGCUACGCUGACCCUCGUCUGGCCGAGAAGGAGCUGGGCUGGAAGGCUGAUUUUGACCUGGAAAGAAUGUGUGAGGAUCUGUGGCGCUGGCAGUCCAAGAACCCUACGGGAUUUUCACACGCCACAGCCUCUUGACGCGACUCCAGCCUGUUGUCGAACUUGGUUGUUGGGUCUCUCUUCUGUAUCACCGGGCCAAAGUGAAACCAUCGGCGUUCUCGUUUUUCCCCGUGUCACAUGAACACAUGAUGUGACCUCAGGAGGAACUGAACGCGUCAUGUUUGGCCGCGUUUCAUUUCCCCUCUCAAUGUACUGUUCUCUGAUUUUUCAAAUGAUUGAGUACGAAUGCCUUUUCAGGUUUUCUCUCCGUGUUGUUUUGUCUGAUCAUAUGUGGGGUUUUUUAUGUACACGUGUAUCGACCUGUAUAAGCCAUAGCAAUGAAAGAAUAAAUUAACUUUUCUAACUGUA